CAACCUCACAGUUACGCCCUCAAACACAAACACAGAUCGUGUGGCUCCUCGUAGUUUACGUGUGCUCCGCUGUCGCUGAAACAAUGAGCGAUAAAACAUUUGAUAAAACUCAGAUGCCGAGCAGAGAGGCCGCGCUGAAAGGAAGGGAGGAGAAAAUGGUCGUGGCAGACAAGCAUGCAGUCAAUGGGAAUCCAACUGUGGAGCCUUUCCCAGAAGGGAUGGAGACCAUCAUGUUUGGAAUGGGCUGUUUCUGGGGAGCCGAGAAACUUUUCUGGCGACUUCCGGGAGUCUUCUCCACACAAGUGGGCUAUGCAAGUGGCUUCACACCAAACCCCACUUACGAAGAGGUCUGCUCAGGUCUGACAGGUCACACCGAGGUGGUGAGAGUGGUGUUCUCCCCCCAAGACAUCAGCCUUGAAGAACUGCUUAAACACUUUUGGGAGAAGCACGAUCCAACACAAGGUAUGAAGCAGCACAAUGACCAAGGUACUCAGUAUCGUUCAGCCAUUUACACAUCCAACCCCACUCAGCAGGAGAUUGCGCUGAAGAGUAAAGUGGCCUUCCAGCAGGAGCUGGAGAAAAAAGGAUAUGGUCCCAUUACAACUGAGAUUCUGGUUGGGCAGCAGUUUUACUACGCUGAGGACUAUCACCAGCAGUACCUGAAGAAGGUACCUAAAGGCUACUGUGGCCUCAAAGGCACCGGGAUUUCCUGUCCCAUCGGCGCCAGAAAGGAUGAAGUGUGAGCCACGUGUGGUGAGAGAGGGAAAAUACUCAGCUCGCAGAAUAUGCUUCAAGGCACUAAUUUCAUUGUUCGCAGUCCAUGCAUCUAAUUUAUUUUCUUUUUCUUAUAAAUGGACUGUAUCUACAAUGCAUCUGUCCGUAUUUGUAAGAUAAUAACACAUUAGUCAACAUCAUUACUGAGCCUCAUAUCUGUUAUAAGCUUCAGUAAUUCCUGGCUGCCUUCCAGCUAUGGAGAAUACAAACAUGUGUAAAACAUUUUUGAGAGAUUUUCUAAAUAAAACAAAACAAAA